AAGAGUUUAAGGCAACUUGGCUCUGAGGCUAUCCCACUUGUCCAGCACCAUGCAGCUAGCAUCUAGGGAGCUCUAGGCCUGUUACACAUUGUCCUUGUCCAGUGAGCUAACUGGCUCUUUGAGGGACACAGUGACUAAAUAAAGGACGGGAAAACAGCUGUUGGCUAAGACAGUCCUGAGUUGAAAAGGAGAGGAGUUAACUCUCCUGGGAGAGCUGAGAGGUAAGGUAAGGGAAGGCGCUGAGGGAGGACACAGCCCAGGAACACAGCUGACUCGACUCAGCAAGUAUUUUCACGUCAGGCCUGAACACGAAAGAUACAAAAAUGAGGGACACGGGGCUGGGGAUUUAGCUCAGUGGUAGAGCGCUUACCUAGGAAGUGCAAGGCCCUGGGUUCGGUCCCCAGCUCCGGUCCCCAGCUCCGAAAAAAAAGAACCAAAAAAAAAAAAAAAAAAAAAUGAGGGACACAAAGCUCUAUCUCUAAAAAGGUUUUCAGAGCCAAGAGCGAUAGGGAACACCUGUUAUCCCAGCACCAUAUGGCUGUUGGGAAUUGAACUCAGGACCUUUGGAAGAGCAGUCAAUGCUCCUAACCACUGAGCCAGCUCUCCAGCCCCUAUCCCAGCACUUAUGAGGCCGAGGCAGGAGGAUCCCAAGUUCAAAACCAGCCUGGACUUAUUAAAAAUAAAAAGAAGAAGGCUUUCAGUUUAAUAAAUGGCCAAUGGAGGGUUAGGGCUGGGUGACAAGCUUUUCAUCGUCAAGGAGUUGGUCCGUGCAUCAGUUGGCACAGAACGUAAACUUUGAUGACAUGAAUGCACAGAGCAGUGUAUGUACACAGUGGUCUGAAGAGAUGCUUGCGGGUCAGGAUGGAGACGGAACUUUCUCUCCAUUAGAAGGUGUUUGGUGGGGGCUGGACAGACGACUCAGUGGUUAAGAGCACUGAUUGCUCUUCCAGAGGUCCUGAGUUCAAUUCCCAGCAACCACAUGGUGGCUCAACCAUCUGUAAUGGGAUCUGAUGCCUUCUUCUGGUGUGACUAAAGACAGCUACAGUGUACUUAUAUAUAAUAAAUAAAUCUUAUAAAAAAAGAAAAGAAAUAGUGCCCCAAUGGACCCCCCCACAUCUUAAAAAGAAAAGCUGUUUGAUGGUAGACAACCCAGGCUAGUAUGGGGGUCUCCACUUACUUAGGCUCCCAUCUUUGUGGUUCACAAUCCAAAUAGAACCUGCCUUCCCUCUGCUUGGUCUGAUACGAUUGCAAGAGCAUAACUCAUCUUAGCUCGUCCCUUGUACUUCCCAGGUAGGAAGGGAGGGAGACAAGAGUAAGCAUGAACUGACGACUGUUCAUCCCGGCUCUUGGUGCCCUUUAAAGAGCUUGUGUAAAAGUCUAAACCAGUGCUUUCAACACGUGUCUGGCCAUUAGCCACAACCUUCUAGUUUCCAAGAGAGCUUCUGAAGUGUGGUUUUGUAUUUGCUCAAGUAUAUAUUCAUAUAGUGAAGUACACAAAUUUCGUUAUUUGUUUGUUUGUUUGUUUGUUUUUGGUGCUUUAAUCUCAUCACUCAGGAAACAGAGGCAGACAAAUCUCUGAGUUUGUGGCCAGCCUGGUCUACAGAGCAAGCUCCAAGACAGACAGGUUUACACACAGAAAGCCUGUGUCAAAGAACCAAAAGCAAACAAACAAAACAAAAACCUCUUCCUCCGAGCUACCUCUCCCUCUGAGCUACCUCCCUAGCCACACGCACAGAUGUUAGGCACACAUCUGACAGGUUUUGUUUCUUGUUUUUAAAUCUGUCUAUGUAACCCAUUUCCUCAAGACACAGAGCGUGCCACCAACCCCAGGAAUUCCUGAUGGCUGUGACUUCAGUUCGUCUUUGAAGGAGGGCUUCAUGUAGCCACACUGGGACUCUAGGUGGGCAUCACCAUACCCCGUUGUACCAGUGAGGGUUCUAGUGUUUCAUUCUUGCUGCUACUUUGAAGAGAGUUUGACUAUGUAAUCCUACAUGGCCUGAAACUCAGAGGAAUUUGUCUGCCUCUGCUCCUGAGUGUUGGAAUUAAAGGUGUGUGCCCCAACAUCUGGCAGGCAGUUAUUUUUAAAGAUUUAUUUUUAUUAUGUAUAUAUAUGGAGGCUAGACGGGGGUGUUGGAACCCUUGGAGCUGGAGUUACAGGCAUUUCUGAGCCAUCUGAUAGGUGUGCAGGGACUUGAACUCUAGUCUUUGGAAGAGCAGCAAAUGCUCUUAAGCACUCAGCCAUCUAUGUAGCCCCUGGCAAUGAGCAUUUAAAAGACAAUUCCCAGGUUAGGGAUGUUAACUAAGGUGCUGGCCUGGUAUAAGCAGAGCCCUGUCUGGACAAGAUCCCCAAUAUCACAAAGCAACCCCCAGAGAAAAUGAGAGCUUCAUUAGAGUGGUGGCCCUAGAUAUGGGGGCGCUAGACGGGUGGGCUGGGAAUGGAAAACCCAAAGGAAACUGGUUGGAUAUUAGAAAUGGAAGAGGGGUUGGGGAUUUAGCUCAGUGGUAGAGCGCUUGCCUAGGAAGCGCAAGGCCCUGGGUUCAGUCCCCAGCUCCGGAAAAAAAAAAAGAAAUGGAAGAAAUCUCAGAAUACUGGUAGAGGAGAGGCCACGCACGUCAGGGAGGUCAGGUUGUUUCAAGUAAGAGGAUGUGUGCGUUGGGUGUGUGUAGUCUGAGGUGCUGGCCAGACACUCGGGUGGAAUUGUGUUUACAGACGGUAACAGUGCAAUGAGGACAAUGGACCAAGGAGCAGCCUAAGAGUACGUAUGGUAUGUCAAGGAGCAGCCUAAGAGUACAUAUGGUCAAGGCACCACAGGAGCCUUUGAGUGACCAGGAAGUUACCACCGCUUAGGUUGUCAGGAAGUGUUCAGAUCAUGAAACUCAAAACUGGUAAGGCUGCCUACAAUUAGUUAAGCCCCCUUUAAAAACAAUGGAAGUUCUUGCACAGACACAAGACGGUUGUCUCUGCUGUUGUUGUGGAAAGGAUUUAAGGAAAGCAGGAAGGAAAGGAUCAGUGAUUGAUCACUUUUUUCAGGAAGAUAGCCGUAGUGCUCUCCAAGACAGGAGGGGUGGAGGAGAGGCCAGCUCUUUCUGGACGUACCUGAGUAGAAUGAUCAGGUGAUGGGUUGACUGCCUCUGGGCUUAGUGGGAAGGGACAGCUCUUAGAAGAAAGAGCCGAGAGCAAAUAUAAGCCCUGUGCUUGAGUCCUGUCACCACUGAGCAUGAUGACCUUAGGCUAGUUCCCUAGCUGUGAAAGGGGAACGAUUGUGCCUCCCUUGCCUGGUCACUCGAACAUUAGAGACUAAUCAUUCCCCCUCCCCUUUACGGUGGGUGAUGGCAAAUACAUGCUAUUACAUGACCCAACCCUCGUCACGGGACAGAAAGGCUGUUAGAAGGUGGGUCAGAGUCCCCCGCCUCGAUCACAGGGUAGGGAACUCUGCAGCCUCUUCCCCUCUAGGAGGUGGGGACAAAGUGGAGGGAGGGCUGCAGGAGGAGGAGGAGGAGCUAGCUCCUUGUAACCCGCCCAUACCAGUCUGGCCUGGAGUGAGGGAACCGGUCCUGGUCGCGUGCACCCGAACAGCCUGCCCUGGUACCCCGGUGCUCUGACCCAGUCCAAUCAUGACCCUGCGCCCUUUGCUCCUGCCGCUUCGGCUGUUGCUGCUGCUGCUGAUCAGUGGGGCGGUGUGCCAGGCUGAGGCUGAGGUAGAAACCGAAAGUCCUGUCCGGACCCUCCAAGUGGAGACCCUGGGCAGCUUGGCAGAUGGACGCAUUAUUGACACUUCUCUGACCAGAGAUCCUCUGGUCAUAGAACUUGGCCAAAAGCAGGUGAUCCCAGGUCUGGAGCAGAGCCUUCUGGACAUGUGUGUAGGGGAGAAGCGAAGAGCAGUCAUUCCUUCUCACUUGGCUUAUGGAAAGAGAGGGUACCCACCAUCUAUCCCAGCCGAUGCAGUGGUGCAGUAUGAUGUGGAGCUGAUCGCCUUGAUUCGAGCCAACUACUGGCAAAAGCUGCUGAAGGGCAUUUUGCCUCUGGUAGGCAUGGCCAUGGUGCCAGCACUCCUGGGCCUGAUUGGGUAUCACCUAUACAAAAAGGCCAGCACACCCAGAGUCUCCAAAAAGAAGCUGAAAGAAGAGAAACGAAACAAGAGUAAGAAGAAAUAAAUAGUGCUUUCUAACGAAA